AAUCUAAUUUAUGUGAACGCUGAUUUACAGCUAAGUGAUAAUUUAUUAUAUUAAAUUAUAAGGAAGUUUAUAUCAGUUCCUGAUACCUAAGCGAGGAGUCGUGUUUAAUACAAAGAAAAUAGGUAUUUUUUUAUAAAGUAGAAGCCAAAAUGAGUGGCGACUCCAAAAUACAUGUUGGAUCUAGAAAAAGUGAACUUGCUCUCAUACAAACAAAACAUGUAAUUUCUUUAUUAAAGCAGUUUCAUCCUGACAAGGAGUUCGAGAUUGUUACCAUGACAACUUUGGGGGACCAAAUCUUGGACAUCCCAUUGCCAAAAAUAGGGGAAAAAUCUUUAUUUACUAAGGAACUUGAAACGGCCCUUGCCACUGGUCAUGUUGAUUUUAUUGUGCAUUCAUUAAAAGAUUUACCUACAAGCUUACCUAAAGGAAUGGCUAUUGGUGCGGUUUUAAGCAGAGAAAAUCCAAGGGAUGCAUUAGUUUUGCAAAAAGACAUUAAAAGACAUACACUCUCUACCCUUCCUGAGGGCUCAGUUAUUGGAACGUCAAGUCUAAGGAGAACCGCUCAGUUAUCUAAAAAGUUUCCUCACCUAAAAGUUGAAAAUAUUCGUGGAAACCUGAAUACCAGACUUAAGAAACUUGAUGAUUUAGGAAAAUAUCAAGCUAUCAUUUUAGCUUCUGCUGGAUUAAUCAGGAUUGGUUGGAGAAAUCGGAUCUCUAGGCUCUUAGAUGCAGAUGAAUUUUUAUAUGCAGUGGGCCAGGGUGCGAUAGCAGUAGAAUGUAGAUCAAAUGACAAAAAAAUUAUUGACCUACUAGAGCCCCUUUAUGACCUACAAACAGCCUUAAGGGUUGUUGCCGAAAGGAGUUUUCUAAAGACACUAGGAGGUGGCUGUAGUGCUCCCGUUGCAGUCACUUCAGAUUUAAAAUUAUUGAAGGAAAAAGAGGUAGAAGUAAAGUUAAAAGGUGCUGUAUGGUCUUUAGACGGCGCCGAUGAAAUAAUAGACCAGGAGCAUGCAAUCUUUGAUGUUCUGAGUAGUGUCAGAUGUACCGAAUGUCCUUAUACAAAUGGGGAAAUGGAAGAUAUUGAAUGUUGCGGUGUGUGCCCUAUGAACAGCUCAAUUGAGCCAAUUCCAAAAAGGAAAAAGCUUGAUGUUCCCACAGAUCUGUUGGCGAAUGACCCUCACGAGAAAUGCCCCGUUCCUAUGCCCAUUGGGUCAGAUUUUAUGGGUCAGUGUCCCUUUUUAGAAGGAGAUGUUCAGGCCAUUCAUAAUCAUGUUGAACUAACCGGUCCAAUCGAGGGUAGCAAAGACGCACUAAACGUUUGUCCAUUCUUAAAGGCAACUAAAUCAGGCAUUCAAGCCGGCUCGAAAGAGCCAAAACAAGUAACCAAAGCAACCGAAGAGACUGAACAGGAGACUGAAGCAGAUGAUAAUUUAUUUGUCGGUUUAGUUCCUCAUAACGGCAUUUCUAUUGAAAAUAUGGCCAAGGCGAAACAACUGGGGGAGAACUUGGCUAAAAAAUUGGCGGAUAAAGGUGCUUUAACGGUGAUGGCGAAGGCUCAAGCAGUGAUACACGGACAAAUUAAUGAGGUAGCCGUUAGCAAUUAAAGUUUUUAAAAGGCAAUAUAGGUUUUUUUUUUAAUAGGAAGUAAAUAGUUUUGUAAAACUUUCUCUCAAAUUCAGCUAUUGGGUGUCUUUAGAGUGGCAUUAAGAGUUUUUGAUUUCCAAUAGUUGGGAUUGACAAGUAGAAGGUUCUUUAUUAUUGUAUUGGUGAUUGUUAUUAUGUAUAACUUUUUGUUUUACAUAUAAUUACAAUUUUUAUGUCUUAUGAAAUGUUAUAAUUUUUUAAUAUAAAAUCUGUUUAAGAUAUUUAAAAAAAUA